GCGAUUGGCGGGCGCUGUCCGCGCAGGCGCGCGCCGCCGGCGGCAGAGCCGGGCCCGCGGAGCCGAGCGGCGGCAGCGGCGGCCCCGGAGCGCGGCCGGGCCGGGAGCGGCCCCGCAGCCAUGAAGAUCUGGACCUCGGAGCACGUGUUCGAUCACCCCUGGGAAACUGUGAUGACAGCUGCCAUGAGGAAAUACCCCAACCCCAUGAACCCCAGCGUGGUGGGAGUCGAUGUCCUGGACAGACACGUGGAUCCCAGCGGGAAGCUGCACAGCCACAGGCUCCUGAGCACAGAGUGGGGAAUCCCGUCCAUUGUGAAAUCGCUCAUUGGCACCUGCAGGACAAGGACGUAUGUGCAGGAGCACUCUGUUGUUGACCCUGUGGAAAAAACCAUGGAGCUGAAAUCCUGUAAUAUUUCAUUUACAAACCUCGUGUCAGUAGAUGAGAGGCUUGUCUAUAAACCACACCCUCAUGAACCACACAAAACCAUUCUGACACAAGAAGCAAUAAUAUCUGUGAAGGGUGUCAGUCUCAGCAGUUACCUAGAAGGGCUAAUGGCAAACACAAUUUCUUCCAAUGCUAAAAAAGGCCGUGAAGCAUUGGAAUGGGUAAUUAAAAGACUGAACGCUGAAAUUGAAGAGCUGGCAGCUUCAGCAAGAGGAACCAUGAGGAAUUCGAUGGCAGCAGCAGCAUUUGUAGAGAAAUGAUGAUAGUUCUUAGACCUGUAUCACUAAGAGGCUUAACGACCUGCAGCUUCUCUCUAGGCCUAAAUACACGUAUCCUUUGUUAUUUAAAGGAUGUGUGUAUGAGGCAUGUUAUAAAUUUAAUUUGGAGAAAAGCUGAAUUCUUACCAAGGCUGAGGCUCAAAGCUAUUUAAUAUAUUGGGUCUGCUGGACCGAUGAAGAAAUAAAUUUCAAGUGUAGUUCCUGUAUUUACAUGAACACUAACUUAUAAUGUUUGCAGAUAUGAAACAGCCUCCUUUAGUGCUGAGGCUGCAUAUGGUGGAGGACACUGGCAUGUUAGGCUAACUUUUAUUUUUUUGUGUGACUUAUGGACUACCUCUUUUGGGACCAAGCCCAAAAUUAGCAGAAUGGUUGUUCCAGCAUUGUUCUUUUUGUUGAUUUUUGACAGUUGUGUGAUACAGCUUGGUUUAACAGAGAGCUUAUUACUUGAUGCUUGAAAUAUAAAAGAAUGUACAAAAUAUUUUUGAUAACCUUUUUAACUUGACUGGUUGAACUAACACGGUACUCAAAUUGUUUGUCAGGCACUAUAGGUAAAACAUCAAAGUGUCUCUUACCUACCUACCAAGACCUAAAUCCUGCUCCUAAAUGCAACAUCAAUGAGCUGGGCAUGCAGUACCUUAAAAUCCAAUUUUAUCUUAAACUUCUACAACAAGUAUCUCCAUUUCCAAAAGCCCAUCACAUAAAGGUACGAUAAGCACAGAGCCUUAAAAUCUUGUAAGCUGCUACAGGAGUAGGUGUUCACUUCAAAGAACCAAUUAAAGACUAAAAAAC